AUGUCGGACGAAUCCAAGCACACAUUCGACGGAGAUUCCGAUGCACCCCGGAUUUCUUUUCCGCUGCAGCCCGACACCAGUUCCGAAAAGGACGACGACAGGCAGACAGCUCCAGACCCUGAGAUGGUGCCCGAGAAGUCAUCAGAGCCGCCACGAGCCGCACCCCCACCCCCGGACGGCGGUUACGGCUGGGUCUGCGUGGCGUGCGUGGUGCUCAUCAACGCCCACACCUGGGGGGUGAACUCGUCGUACGGCGUCUUCCUCGCCCACUACCUCUCGACCAACGCCUUCCCCGGCGCCACUCCCCUGCAGUUUGCCUUCGUGGGCGGCCUGUCCAUCUCGUGCGCCAUGCUUGUGUCUCCGCUGGCCACCCUGUCGACACGCCACUUCGGCACCCACGUCUCCCUCUCCGUCGGCAUCGCCCUGCAGACGGCCGGCUUGAUCGGCGCCUCCUUUGCCCGCGACAUGUGGCAGCUGUUCCCCAGCCAGGGCGUCGCCUUCGGUCUUGGCAUGGGCUUCCUCUUCGUGGCGUCGGUCGGCAUCCCGCCGCAGUGGUUCACCAAGAAGAGGUCGCUCGCGAACGGCGUCGGGUCGUCCGGCUCCGGCUUCGGCGGGCUGGUGUACGCGCUGGCCACCGGGGCCAUGAUCAGGUCCCUUGGGCUGGCCUGGUGUUUCCGCGUGCUGGGGCUGGUGUCGUUUGGCGUUAAUGUCGUCUGCACCGUCCUGAUCCGCGAUCGCAAUAAGCUCAUCGGGGCCCGGCACAAGGCCCUGGACCUGAAGCUGUUCAGGCGGCCCGAAUACCUCCUGCUCAACGCGUACGGCUUCUUCUCCAUGCUCGGCUACAUCGCCCUGGUCUUUUCCCUGUCCAGCUACGGCCGCAGCAUCGGCCUGACCGCCUCGCAGGCAUCUGUUAUCACCGCCGUCUUGAACCUGGGCCAGGGGCUGGGAAGGCCACCCAUCGGAUACUUCUCCGACAACGUCGGGCGGAUCAACAUGGCCGGGCUGACCGCCUUCCUGUGCGCCCUGUUCGCUCUGGUCAUCUGGAUCUUCGCCACGAGCUACGGCGUGCUCGUCUUCUACGCCCUGGUCGGCGGCGCCGUCGCCGGGUCCUUCUGGGCCACCAUUGCUCCCGUCACCGCCGAGGUGAUCGGCAUGCAGGACCUUCCGUCUGCACUCAACCUCGAGUGGCUGGUCAUCGUGCUGCCGUGCACCUUUAGCGAGCCCAUAGCUCUCGAGCUGGCCGGGAGCGCCGGCGGCUACAGAGGCACCCAGCUCUUCGUUGGCUUCAUGUACUUCGCCGCCGCCUUGUGCAUGCUUCUCCUUCGCGGAUGGAAGGUGGGCGAGCUCAACGAGGUCAUGAAAAUGGGGAACGGGGACGAACAUGUCAUGGACGCUGCAGAUGUUGAUUUGGCCAGACUAGCUGGGAGGCGUGCAAUUUGGAAACAGUUCUGGAAAUGGCGGAAGGUCUAG